CCUGAUUUAUCUGCCCGACACACAUAGCACUAGUCUUGCACGUACAGUAGAGCUAGAGACUGGGCGUUAUAAGCAUUGUCUCUGUUACUUUGGAUUUAUACAACAUUUGUUUUCACAAUGGCUGACAACAAAGCCCCUGGAGGGGCUGGAGACAAAAUGAACCAGCAGCCCCCAAUUUCCAUGCAGCCACAGCAGGGAGCAUACAAUGGUGCUCCUGGACAGUUGCCAGGUCAACCUGGCUAUGGCCCAUCCACAGGUCAACCUGGCUAUGGCCCACCCCCAGGUCAACCUGGCUAUGGCCCACCUCCAGGAUAUGGAGGUCAACCAGGGUACGGAGGUCAACCAGGGUAUGGAGUUCAGCCGGGAUAUGGAGGUCAGCCGGGAUAUGGAGGUCAACCUGGCUAUGGUGCUCCACCCCAAGGAAUGAUGCCAGGUCAGAGGCCCCCCGUACAGUGGAUGUCGCGUCCUGAAGCAAUCCCAGGGUGUCCUCCUGGACUAGAGUACCUCACCCAGAUCGACCAGCUCCUGGUACAGCAGCAGAUGGAGAUCCUUGAGAUGAUAACUGGGUUUGAGACAGCUAACAAGUAUGUGAUACGGAACAGUCUGGGUCAGCAGGUCUACUUUGCUUCAGAAGAAUCAGAUACUUGUACCAGACAGUGCUGUGGGCCUCAGAGAGGUUUCAUAAUGCAUAUAACGGACAACAAUAAUCAGGAAGUGAUACGAGUGGAGCGUGAGUUCAAGUGUUGUGCAGGGUGCAACUGCUGUGCAGGAGCUGACCGUUGUGCACAAAUGUGCAGUAUAGAAGCACCUGUUGGACAGCUCGUCGGUUACGUCAAACAACUGCAGAGCUGCAUGGAGCCUCGCUACGCCAUCUUGGACCCCAACAUGGAGACUAUCCUGACCAUAGUUGGACCUGGGUGUAUCAUCCAAGGUCCUUGCUGUACACAAGACCAGGAGUUCAUGGUAUCAUCGGCCAAUGGGGAGAACCAGGUCGGCAAGAUCUCCAAGCAAUGGGGUGGAUAUCUCCGAGAGGCCUACACUGAUGCUGACAACUUCGGUGUUUCCUUUCCUAUGGACCUGGAUGUCAAGAUGAAGUCUGUCAUGCUGGGAGCUGUGUUCCUCAUUGACUUCAUGUUCUUUGAACACAACCAGAACAACAACAACAACAGGUACUAGUGGAACAACAACAGAACAACACAACAUAUACACGUGCCCAAGGAUCUACACUGAAGGCAGCAUUACCACAAGGAGGACGGAAAGGUCCCCGCCUAAAGUCACAAAUAUAUUGGAACAAUAUGUUUUCCAGUAAUUCUUGUAAAUAUCAUACUUGUUGAAACCACACCAAAGAACCAUAUUUGUAUCACCAAAGGAUGCAAAAACAUGUAUCUUUCUAAUUUUUUCAGCUGACCAAAAAUCUUUGUUUUAGACUUUUUUUCACAUUCAUGCGUAAACGUAUUAAAUGGGCAAUUUGAAUAUCAUUUGACCAAUUUUCAUCAAGUUUGAUGCAAAGUAUCUUCAGGAAAUCCAGCUUUGGUAUGUAAACAAUAUAAAGACCACUUUGAAAAGCUUUUCCUAUAGCCAUUUGGGCAAUAUAUGAAUUUUGUGCUGUUUUCAAUGGCUUACAGGGAUGCAACUUAUAAACCUGAAUUAUUUUUAGCAAUAAUAACAGUGAUAUAUUAUGACCCCAAAUAACCCGAAAUUUUAAGAGAUCUUGUGAUAAAGUGAGGGGAAAUGGUGUUUAAGCUCUUAAUGAAGAUGAUUACGUUUUGUAGUGAUAUUUGUGUGUGUGUUUGUGGAACACAUGCUGCUUGUAAUAGUCCAAAUAAAUGUCAUUUUUUAAGUGCUGCUCACUGAGAUACCAUGUCGCAGUUUAACAUGGAUGCCCCAUUCAAACACAGUAUGCUAGUUGGUGUUGACAUUGUUUUAAUGGCAGCAACACUAGUUGACACAGUUUUGUCAUCCUUUAGUAAAUUCUAAAUUUCGGUGAAAUGAACUUAAUACAUUCCAGUCAUCAACACCAUUAUCAUUCCAUGUCAGAUAUGAAGAUUUAUUUACAAGUAAUCCUUAACAGCAUAUAUGUUUCAAAUAUAUAGUGGAAAUAGAAACAGAAUAGUAGGGGUGAAACAGUAUACUACGGUAGUUUGCCUUCUGUUCGGUAUACCGUAAUGCAAUCCAAAAAUUCGGUAUUUUCGGUUUUAGUACUGCAUUUCUAUCUAUCAUAAAAUGACAGUUUUGUUCAUUCAAAAUAACAAAGAUUGUGGU